AUGACAGAACCUUUGUACGUCGACGAAAGUUCAUUGAAGGACGUCCGUGUUCUUGGCCGAGGAACCUACGGUUCCGUCUCCCUCAAGGUGCAUCCCGACAAUUGUCGAUUUUACGCCAAGAAAACAUCUUCAGUCCAACUCAAGGAGCAUCUCGAGAAAGAGCUCAGGAUCAUGCUUCGUUUACGUAACCACCCUCGCAUCGUCCAAGCCUCAAGCCCUCAUCUUCACUUGGGAACAACCGAACCUCAAGAUUGCUACAUCUACAUGGAGUAUGCUUCCGAGGGCACUCUACGCAAGACAAUCUCCAGUUUCCGUGGGAAAUCACUACCUGAGUAUAUGAUCCAAAGGCUUGUUCGUAUGAUAUUACAAGGACUUGACGCUCUUCACUCACAGGGUUACGUUCACUGCGACCUCAAGCCAGAAAACGUUCUCCUCUUCCCUUCCACUAAUCCUGGAGAGCCGUGGGAUGUCAAGCUCGCUGAUUUCGGUUUAUCCAAGGAGCCUAAUACGGAUCCUUCACAUCUUUGUGGCACGCCUCAAUACAUGUCACCGGAGUCUUCCGGGCCAAACAGAAUGAUCGAUCCAGCUCUUGACAUAUAUUCUCUAGGGUGUGUUGUUUAUGAGAUGUUUGGAGCUAAACCCUACCUGGAGAUAUAUGAAGAUUACUACGAGUGGAACCUGUUCCAACCUAUCUCUCCGGCGGCUAAAGAUUUUUUGAUUCGGUGUCAUGCACGGCAUCCAGUACACAGGGCCGAGGCUGAGCGAUUUAACUAUCCGUUAAGGGCAACAGCGGCUGAGCUCUUGAAGCAUCCUUUUGUUACGCAGAAACUCUCUGUUCCAUUGCCACCGACAAGUCAACAAGAAGAUUGGAGGCAGGGGACAAAAACAUCUUCGGUGACUAAGGCGGCGGUUUAG